AUGGCAACCGCGUCUGGAUUAACGGAAAGUCACCCUUCAGAUCCGCAUGGGUUUCGACCACAUGUCAAGCCACACCGGAUCCUUGCCUGUGUGCUCUGUCAGCAACGGAAGGUCAAAUGCGAUCGUCAAUUUCCAUGUUCCAACUGUGUCAAGUCCCGGGUACAGUGUGUUCCGUCGACACUUACUCAGAGGAAGCGAAAACGAAGAUUUGGUGAUCGGGAACUGCUGGACCACCUCCACAAGUAUGAGGACUUGCUCAGAGCGAAUAACAUCCCAUUUGAACCACUCCAUCAAGAUUGGGCCCCGAGGCCGGAUACAUCCAAUACACAGCAUGCCUGGAAUUCUGGUGAUGAGAUGCCAGAGACCAGAGACACAAGGAACUCCACCCCCUCGACUACUAUCAAAUCCGAUGGAGGAUAUCAACCAAAGAAUGUUUGGCAUGCCAUGAGCCAAGGUUUCAGAGAUCCAGGUGAGGACUCUGAUUCCUCCCAAGACGAAGUGCGUGAAGCCAUUAUGAAGAAGGCGUGGGAACAAUCAUUUGGAGAUGAUGAAUUAUUGCUUUUUGGCUCACGUGUUACAAAUGUUGAUCUGUCCGCAUUACACCCUGAUCCCGUCCAGAUCUUCAAACUCUGGCAGGUUUAUCUUGACAAUGUCAAUCCAUUGCUCAAGGUCACUCAUGUUCCCAGCCUGCAAGGUCGCAUCAUUGAAGCGGUCAGCAACAUGAGUACUAUAGCUCCAACCAUGGAAGCGCUGAUGUUUAGCAUAUACUGUACAGCCGUGGCAAGUCUUGGGUCUGAAGAUUGUCAAACUAUGUUUUCUGGCCCCCAGGACGAUCUUUUGACGAGAUAUCGCUAUGGCUGUCAACAAGCACUAUUGAAGUGUGGAUUUCUGCGCACAGAUGAUCGUGAUUGUCUAACAGCAUUAUUUUUAUUCCUCGUGUCCGCCCGGCUUACUACUGUUCCUCAGUCUCUUGCCACUAUCCUUGGUUGUGCAGUCCGGAUCGCACAGCGUAUGGCUCUUUAUAGUGAGGCCGCUUUGUCACAACAUCCCCCUUUCGAGGCAGAAAUGCGCCGGAGACUGUGGUGGGCGCUGGUAUUGUUCGAUACUCGGGUUUGCGAAACCACAAGUCACCGGAUCGUAACACUAGAGCCUACCUGGGAUUGCAGGGUUCCUCUCAAUGUGAACGACUCUGACCUUCGGCCCGAAAUGAAGGAGCUUCCGGCCAUGUCACGAAUCCAAACAACUACAACCGAUGCACUCUUCGCUGUUGUUCGGUGCAAGCUUGGGGAUUUUAUUCGGCACAAUGAGAUGCACCUUGAUAUCACGAACCCUGCUCUAAAUCACGUUGUUCGAAACUCUCCACGGGAAGAGGUGGAUUUGGGAAAGUUAGAGAGUGAACUUGAGGAGCAAUACUUCAAGUACUGCGAUGAGGGAAAUGCGCUUCACUACAUGACCAUAUGGGCGACCCGGGCAAAUAUUGCCAAGUUUCAACUCGUGCUACACUGUCUGAAGCAUUCCGACCCAUCCGUGGCUCGAGAACAGACACAUCGCGAUAUUGCAGCUUCGUAUGCGUUGAGAAUGCUUCAGUGUGACACGAAGAUCAUGUCCUCGCCACUCACGAGAGGAUUUCUAUGGCUGCAUAAAUUGCACUUUCCAUUUCCAGCAUAUUUGCGCAUUGCUCAGGACUUAAGAACACGCCCAUUCAACAACCAAAGUCGACAAGCUUGGGAGGUCCUAAGUGAGAAUUUCGAUGCUUGGGCCUGGUUCCUCGGUGAUGUGGGGAGUCCUAUAUUUCUUGUUUUCGCCAAAAUGAUUCUAUCAUCGUGGGAAGCUAGCAAAGCUCCAGAAGAACCCCCAGAAACGUCGGCGGUUCCGAAGAUCGUUUCGUCGAUCAGAGAGAUCCUGGGUCGAAGCAGCGCUCCUGCUGAUGGCAUUGAUGUAGGGCAGUGGACUACUGGAAUGGAUAUCAACACCAACGAUUUCUCGACAUCGGAGUCUUUGCCAAUGAAUCUAGUUGAUCAGAGCCUGCCUUAUCAACUGGCAAUGCACGAUCGUCAUAUGUUUGGGCCGGACAUGUACUCUGGGAUGGCACAACAGUCCAUCUUCGGACUGCAGGAUCCAUUCAGCUGGAAUCCACUACGUAGACAUCCUGGUUCAAGUUGGGGAGGGUUUUGA